AUGCCUAAUCCAAGCAGAAAUCUAUUGGAUAACAAAGACAAGGAGCAUAUGGAAUUUGAGGCUUCGAUGAACGAGAGAUUACGAUUAACGUGCAGCUUGAAGCCGACCACGGAUAAGGGAGCGGUCCUUUGGUAUAAAGAUGGACAACUGGUGGACACUCAAAGAAGCAGGGUGGUGCAACAGCGGCAAUGGUUAAGAAUAAAAGGAUUUCGACUCAAAGACGAAGGGACUUACACGUGUCGUACUGAUACUGAUGGUUUCAAAGAGAUGGCUGUGGUGAUAAAGUUGAAACAGAACAAUUUUCAUGAUUUGUCUGGUUUUCAAGCUGACAUGGGUGAACGCUCUCUGCCAGAGACGCUAUCUCAGAUUAAAAGUGGACUGCUUAUUGAAAACAAUACCUUAGAUGAAAACGUUACAGAAAUUAACCGACGAUUCCCGAAAGAUGAAGAUCCUGAUGAAAAGUCAGAAAAAGACCAUCCCAACUAUGGGCACAUUGAUGACGAACUAGAGCGUUUCGCUCCAAAGUUCAAGCACCCAACAAAAAUGUAUAAGAUGGAUAUGAAACCAGCCGGUAACUCUAUAAGACUAAGAUGUGCCGCGGAAGGUAACCCUACUCCAAAUAUAACUUGGUACAAGAAUAAGAGUACUCCAAUCGCAAGGUCUUACUUUCAACCUUCGUAUGGCAAGUGGUCCAUGGCUCUUGAGGAGCUCACCAAGGCUGACAAUGGAAACUACACCUGCGUUGUUUGUAACGAGCUAGGCUGCAUCGAGCAUACUAUGGUGUUACUUGUCCAAGAACGCUACCCUUCGAAGCCAUACAUCAAAGAGGGUUAUCCUGGCAACAUUACGGUUUUAGUUAACGAAACCGUGGUACUUUCAUGCCCUCCAGUCUCCGACCUUGAACCUUACAUGUAUUGGGUUAAACCCUUUAAUUACUCUUUGAGAGAUGUCGAGGUCGGACCCAGUGAUAUGCCGAUACCAAAUGGAGUUGUGAUAGAGGUCACUGAUUCUUUUCAUUUGGGUGAUGGGCUACCACUAAAAGGUGGCGAGCGUCUUUACGCGAAGCCGGUGUUGACUCGUGGUGCGGAGAAUGUGACGGUUUUGGUCGGAGAGACAGUUCGGUUCAGCUGUCAGUUCCUCACUGACAUGCACCCCUCGAUCUUUUGGCUGUAUUUCACCAGAGACGAUUACAUUUACAACUAUACCGUCGAUCCUAACGAUACGUCCGCCAAGGAGACCAUUGUUUACUACGAUAUGAACAAAAUUGUGUCGAGCCAGAACCCAGAAGAUAAACCAGAACAACUAACUAUAUAUAAUGUAACCAAGGAAGACGAGGGCUGGUACGUUUGUGUGGCCCUUAACACUCUUGGAAAUACCACGGCCAAAGGAUUCCUGACAGUUUUAGAAUCACCACCCGUUCAAGAAGCACCUGAUCACGGAAAACAUACAUUACUGAUCAACAUUCUGACUGCUGUCCUCGGCGCUAUGUUCUUCGUAGCAGCUAUCAUUGUGGUGAUGAUCUGCAAGAAGUUGAAGCGGGAAAAAGAACAAAAGCAAUUAGCCAUAGAAACCGCUAGAGCUGUGAUAGUGACACACUGGACUAAGAAGGUGACGGUAGAGAAGCCGCAAAUUAAUGGAUCACCUACCACUACCGGUGAAUCUUUGCUAAUGCCAGUAGUGAAGAUUGAAAAGCAGAAGCUCUCACAAGUCCAGAAUAAUACAAGCGACUCAAUGAUGAUGUCAGAAUAUGAGUUACCUAUGGACAUCGACUGGGAAGUACCUCGGGAAAUGCUGGCGUUAGGCAAGAUAUUGGGAGAAGGAGAGUUUGGCAAGGUCGUGAAGGCAGAGUGUGUGGGUAUACUAAAACCAGGAAUGCAGUCUGUUGUAGCCGUUAAAAUGUUGAAAGAAGGCCACACGGAUGCGGAGAUGAUGGCAUUAGUAUCAGAAAUGGAAAUGAUGAAAAUGAUCGGGAAGCAUGUAAACAUUAUUAACUUGCUGGGAUGCUGUACUCAAGAUGGACCGCUAUACGUCAUUGUUGAAUAUGCACCCAACGGUAAUCUGAGAGAGUUCUUGAGGAAUCAUCGACCUGGGAAUAGAUACGAAUCACCAAUAGAAGAAUUGAAAGAGAAAAAGACGCUUACUCAAAAGGAUUUAGUGUCAUUCUCAUACCAAGUUGCUAGAGGAAUGGAAUAUUUAGCUUCUAGACGUUGCAUCCAUCGGGAUUUAGCCGCUCGCAACGUUUUAGUCUCCGACGAUUGCAUUCUCAAGAUUGCUGACUUCGGUCUAGCAAAAGAUGUUCAAAAUAAUGACUACUACAGAAAGAAGACUGAAGGAAGGUUACCAGUGCGGUGGAUGGCGCCGGAGUCUUUGUAUCAUAAAGUUUUUACUACCCAAACUGACGUCUGGUCAUUUGGUGUACUCCUAUGGGAGAUAAUGACUUUAGGCGGUACGCCAUACCCUACUGUACCGGGACAAUAUAUGUAUCAGCAUCUCAGUGCAGGCCACCGAAUGGAGAAGCCGCCUUGCUGUAGUCUUGAAAUAUACAUGCUAAUGCGCGAGUGCUGGUCAUUUUCUCCCGGUGAUCGACCUUCCUUCACCGAACUAGUGGAAGACCUAGACAAAAUUCUCACAGUGACAGCGAACCAGGAAUACCUAGACCUCGGUCUUCCUCAACUAGACACCCCGCCAUCAAGCUACGAUGGCUCUGGUGAUGAAAGUGAUAGUGACUUUCCGUUUAUCAAAUAA